AUGAAGGUUGAAAUUGAUUCCUUUUCAGGUUCUAAAAUCUACCCAGGUAGAGGUACCUUAUUCGUCAGAGGUGAUUCUAAAAUCUUUAGAUUCCAAAACUCUAAAUCUGCUUCUUUAUUCCAUCAAAGAAAAAAUCCAAGAAGAAUUUCUUGGACUGUUUUAUAUAGAAGACAACAUAAGAAAGGUAUUUCUGAAGAAGCUUCUAAAAAGAGAUCAAGAAAAACCAUUAAACAUCAAAGAGCCAUUGUUGGUGCUUCUUUAGAAUUAAUUAAAGAAAGAAGAUCUUUAAAACCAGCUGAUAGAAAAGCUGCUAGAGAUCAAAAAUUAGUUGAAGAUAAAGAUGCUAAAAAAGCUGCUAAAGCCGCUAGAAAAGCUGAUAAAGCUAAACAAGUUGCUUCUGGUAAUAUCGUUUCUAAACAACAAUCAAAAGGUGCUUUCCAAAAAGUUCAUGCUACUUCCCGUUAA